AUGACAACAACUGGAAUCCAGAUGCGGUUUAGCCUGGUUUGGUGGCGCAAGGCUGCGACCUGGGUGAGCCUUUCAACCCAAUUAUCACACAUUGACCUACUCAACGAAUCUUCGUUGACUUUGCGAACGCCUGUAUUUCAUCUUCUUUAUCCUAUCAUUGGAACCAGCAGUCCUGUAAACAAGCCCCAAGCUGAAAUUUUAAUCUCCACAGCUGGCUACUUCGUGCUCGAAGAGGUGCCAUGA